UGCGUAAAGUGAGCGCUCAGAGUGCGCCGCUCGCUACAGCUCACUCGGCGCUCAGCAAGGCAACGCUAACAUGUUCCCUGUUACUACUAGCAUGCUGUGUGCGGGACUGCUCAAUGUUGGAGGCGCGGACGCUUGCCAGGGUGACUCCGGGGGCCCACUAGUGUACAACGGGGUGGUGGUGGGGGUGACCUCGUGGGGCGCCGGCUGCGGGAACCCCUCGUACCCGGGGGUCUACGCACGGGUCGCCAGCUACACCACCUGGAUCACCAGCACUGUACAAAGGUACAACGGCGCGCCGACAGUGAGCGUCAACUUCCUCCUGCUAGUCUCCACGGUGACUUCCAUCAUCCUAACAAAUAGUACCAAAAUGUGAUUCUAAAAUAGUUUA